AGAUUUGCUUUAUUUAAUACAAUUGAAUGACUUACAUAUUAAAUCAUGACAAAUUGUAAUAUUUACAAAAAAAAUAUAGAGCUAUAUGAAGAACCAACUACUUACAAAUAUGAUUAUGUACAUCAUCCAUUGAGUUUAACAGAGAAAACUCCCACAACAGCACAUGUUAUAAGUCCAUUAAAGGAUGCAAAACAUUUGGAUUUAUCAAAACAAACAGUUAGAGCCCAUGAUACUUUACAAUACUUAAGCUAUGAUAAGCAAAUACCAUUUAAUACUUUUUGGGAAUCUAAAGAUACAACAAUUAUUUCUAUAAAGCCAUCAAUUAGACACAAAAUUCUUGGAGAUCAUCAGUAUCAAGAGGUGAUAAGAUCUAGACCACGUGUGUAUAUGACUCCAGGUAUAAGUCUUGAUGAUAUACAGAAUUCUAAAACAAGAAAACUAUUGGUUGAUUUUACAUACAUGACAACAUCAAAUUAUGCUUCUAAAGAUGUUUGGGGUGAUUUUAAACCAAGACAUCCAUGUCAUACUGAAAUAAAUGUAGAAGAAAUAUGUAAAGAAAGUAUGCAAAAACCAUUGUGUAUUUUAUCAGCAAGGUUUCCAACUGAAGCUGAGAAAUGGGAUAAAUUGCAAGAUCGUUCAUUUUUGAUGAAUACUACAUCAAACAUUGAUCAUAUACACAGUAAAUCAGAAAGUGAACAUUUAGAAACAAAACAAAAUAGAUUGGAAGUAAAAAGAUUGUUAGAAAAAGAUAAAUUGCGUAUAGCUUAUGAUAAGUUAUCUCCUACGUAUGGUGGUUAUAGACCGUAUGUAGGUUUAGGUAUUCCUUUAGAGAAAAAGGUAUUACCAAUUGUUCAUCCAGAUUUAUCUAUAUCACAAGCACUUCGUCGAAGGUGUUUAGAAUCUUAGAUUAAAACUAAACAAACGUCUCGACAAGUUCUUCAUAGCAUAUCAUUCUUAGAAAAUUAUAAAAACACUCAAUAUUAUAUGGUAAAUUUACGAUUUGUUGAAGAUUAAGAUUAUUAUUAAUCAAUUAUAUUUAUUUAUAAAUUUGUUGUAAUUAUUUGAAUGACAAACGA